AUGUCUACCGGAAACAAGCACAAGCGAACUCCUUGUGAUGCCCAAUGGUGUCUCGACAACAUCAACGACUUGUCUUUAAAAAUCUUUUGCGAUCAACUUUUCUUUGCCCGAUCGAGUAAAUGUACCCUGCGUACUUCGGAAGCCACCGGUUCUCAGAGUUCUCAGAGUUUCAGCAAAUCCCUCACGACCAACAUCCAAAAUCUCCUGAAGUCCUUUGACACACACAUAGAAUCUGAUUCACCAACAAUGACUGCAGAAACAACACCUGUUUCAACAUCGGCAACGUUGGAGCCUGAUAACAAUGACAGCAACAACGUCAAUAAAUGGACAUUCAACAAUACCAAUGUUACAAGUCUAUUUCGACAGUACCAGCAAAAAAUUGCAAUCCAAGUAGCGGACAAGAUUCCGUCUCAAGCAGAAUCCGACCUCCAAGAAUUACUUGCGUUAUCCAACAUACUCUUUCUGGCACCAAAUCAACAUAGCGAUUUGAAAGUGCAAGUCUUUGGCGAAUUGAUUGACUCUCUUUGCCACGAUGCCGUUGAUCGGCUCAUGGACAACUUAGACGUAGAUUUCACAAUGCAAGAGGUGUCUGAUAUAGCGGCCAUUGUGGAUGGUGUUCCAGCCGGCAAGAAGCUGGCCGUUGAUGCCCAGAUGGAUCUCCUAAUCAAAGCCCGAACCAUGGAUCCUGUCAAGGCAGCUGUAGGUGGUCAAACUCCCUACCCGGGAAGUUGUAGACAUGGAUUCCUUUGGAGAAACUGA